UCCAACACUUGUUUGUUUCUUAGUUGAAAAUUCUCUUGAAUCUUACUACCAAUCUAGGUAACAUGAAAAUCGUUUUCUUCUUAGUACUUUCCUUUUCGAUCACUGUUUUAUGCAGCCCUCUUCCCAAGUAUGACUCAAUUUUCAGCUUUGGCGAUUCACUCGCCGACACCGGAAACUUCCUACUUUCCGGGGCCCUCAAGUUUCCGGUUAUCGGGCAACUUCCCUACGGCCAAACAUUUUUCCGCCACGCCACCGGCCGCUGCUCCGACGGCCGCCUCAUUGUCGACUUUAUAGCGGAGGCAUAUGGUUUGCCAUAUUUACCACCGUAUUUAUCGCACGGUAAAAUUGAAAAGUUUUCACAAGGGGUGAAUUUCGCAGUCGCGGGAGCUACUGCUCUCGACUCAAAAUUCUUCCACGACCGCAACAUCGGGCAGUUCCUUUGGACAAACGAUUCAUUAGCUGUUCAACUUGGCUGGUUCAACAACCUCAAGUCCACUCUUUGUUCCCUCAAACAAGAUUGUGACAAAUAUUUCAAAAGAAGUCUAUUUUUGGUGGGGGAGAUUGGUGGUAAUGACUACAACUACCCAUUCUUUGUUGGUGGAAAUAUUACUCAGCUUAAGGCAAUGGUACCUUUGGUUGUUGGAGCCGUUUCCUCAGCUACUUCAAUGCUAAUAGAGGAAGGUGCAGUAGAACUGAUAGUGCCUGGGAAUUUGCCGAUUGGGUGCAACGCAGUGUAUCUAACGUUGUUCGGGACAAGCGAUGUAAGAGCCUACGACAAAAACGGGUGUCUGAAAGCGUAUAACGCUUUCUCUAAGUACCACAAUUCUCAACUCAAAAUUGCUUUGGACAAGUUGAGGCAAAAAUAUCCACAUGCAAAAAUCAGCUAUGCUGAUUACUAUGGUGCUGCUAAGAGAUUCUUCCAUGCUCCCAAGCAUUACGGUUUUACGGAGACGCUAGUGUCAUGCUGUGGAGGAGGUGGCCCCUACAAUUUCAAUAAUUCAGCGAGAUGCGGCCACGUUGGAUCAACGGUGUGUUCAGAUUCAAAGGGCUAUGCAAAUUGGGAUGGGGUCCAUUUAACUGAGGCUGCUUACCGCUCCAUUGCUUUGGGCUUGCUUAAUGGAUCCUUCACUACUCCAAGGCCCACAUUUUCCCCUAUUUAUGCCUUAUAAAUUUCUCUUUGGGCUUGCUUAGUAGAUUUAUAAUCUUUCUUCUAUGAGAUAAUAAUAUGUAUGUUCAAUUCGACAAUAAAAAUAUCAGCGAUUGAUUCUAUGGUACGGUUUAUAUUAUUUUCAA